AACAGUUUUUCGAGCCAGUCGCCCAAUCGUAAUUAGUGGCCUAUAUUUCGAGUUAUAUUUGGUGCCGUAUACGUUGCAAACUGCAUGAUCAGUAAAAUGCAUCGGUUAUUUUUAUUGCUAUUUGUUGUAUCGGUCAUUAUUGCAGACAAUUCUGCAUCGAAUUACGUGCCAUCGAAUGACUGUGGUGAGCCAUUAAUCUUAACCCCGUUGAUAAAGAAAGGAGAAAUUAACACAGCCAGAGAAAAAUCAUGCGUUACACCCCUACUUCCCAACAUCUUCAGCCACUCGGGAUAUUUGACGGUAAACGAAACUGCAAAUUCUAAUUUAUUUUUCUGGUUUUUUAAACAAUCAAGCCCAGAAUGGUCAUCACGUCCUGUGAUACUUUGGCUACAAGGAGGCCCCGGUAGUAGUUCCAUGUUCGGACUUUUCACUGAAAAUGGUCCUUUUCGAGUAUCACGUGGUAAAUUAGCCAAGAACAAGUAUUCGUGGACCAAGCACUAUAACGUAUUGUUUAUCGAUAAUCCAAUAGGUACAGGAUUUAGUUUCACCGAUAAUUAUUACGUUACUACCCAACAAGAAAUUGGUCAACAUUUGUUCGACGCUUUGACUCAGUUUUUCACCAUGUUUCCAGAACUUCGUAAAAAUAAAUUCUUCAUAUCGGGAGAAUCAUACGCCGGUAAAUAUCUUCCAGCUUUAGGAUACGAAAUCUAUAAAAGAAAUCCGAAAUCGUCGUUUCCAAUUAAUUUAAAAGGUAUUUUCAUCGGAAAUGGGUACACUGAUCCGGAAAAUAUGAUGGAUUACGCCGAACAUCUGCACAGACUCGGAUUAGUCGAUCGCAGAGAAAAGUUACUGAUGCAGCAGUACGAAGAAGAUGCCCGAAUACUGAUUCGAAAUACCCGAUGGGGUGAUUCGUUCAAGGCUGCUGGUAAAGCUCGGGAUUACAUUUAUAAAUUCACCAAUUUUUCAAAUCUGUACGAUUAUAUCGACGAGACAUUCGACGGAGGUGAUUCUUACAUCGAAAUUAUGAACGACGAUGAAUUCAGAAAAACUAUUCAUGUUGGACAAAUUGAAUACAAGGAUUACUCCUAUCAAGUUUACCUGCACCUGAAGGAUGAAAUAAAUCGAAGUAUGAAGCCUCAAAUCGAAGAAUUAUUGGAAGUAUAUCCCAUAAUGUUUUUCAGUGGCCAGUUGGAUAUUAUUGUAGGACAUUAUUUGAGCUCUAGUUUCAUCAACCAGUUGCACUGGAGUGGAGCUGAUGGAUACAGUGAAGCGAAAAGGAACAUGUGGUAUGUCAAUGAUCAUUUGGCUGGCUAUUAUAAGACUUUUAGUAACUUGAAAGAAGCUUUGAUUCGUGAUGCUGGGCAUAUGGUUCCUGCGAAGAAACCUAUGUUUUUAUUAGAUUUGCUAUGUAAAUUCGUCGAUGGUGAGCUUUGAUCCGGUGAUUUUGGUCAAUUACGUUUCGAGGGUAAUUUUUGCGAAUUUACGUGUUCUUGCAAUGAUAUAAUUUGUAUUUUAUUGGCCAUUAAAUAAUUAAUCGU